AUGCGCUGGAUAUGCCUCUGUGUGAUCGUGUUCCUUCCCAUCAGCACGAGAUGCAGCACAGAGCCUUUCCAUGUUGUCGGUCCAGGCCAUGUUCUUUAUGCUGUGGCUGGUCAAGACUUAGUUUUACCCUGCAACCUCAAGCCCAGCAUUAGUGCAGAAGGCAUGACUGUGGAGUGGUUUAGACUGAACUAUCACUCAGCAAACCCCUUGGUCCAUCUCUACAAAGACUUUAGGGAUCAGAAUGGCGACCAGAUCCAGUCUUACAAGGGGAGGACCUCUCUGUUCCAAGACAACUUGAAGAACGGUAAUGUCUCACUAAAACUCAACAAGGUGCAAAUAUCUGAUGAAGGAGACUACAGAUGCUACAUACAAUCUGAAGUAUACGAUGAUGAUAACCUUGUCCGGGUCAUUGUUAGAGGUAUUGGACAAACUCCAGUGUUGUAUUUAGAAGACUAUGGGGAUGACAGAAUGAAUCUGGUGUGUGAGUCUGGAGUAUGGAUGCCCAGGCCAACCAUUGAUUGGUUGGACCAUGAGGGUCGAAUCCUGAAUGCAGAGCCUCCAGAAGAGCUCAGUGAUGCUCAGGGCUUCACAUUGAAACGACAGCUGACCAUACACAGCAAUGACUCAAAGCGAUUUGUUUGCAGAGCGUCACAGAUGGAUGACAGGCUGGGGAAGAAGGAAGUGGUCACUAAAGAGGCCAUGAUUCAAAUCUCAAUGCCCGUGAUACUUGACUCCAACACCAAUCACCCCCUGCUGGCUAUAUCUGAUGAUGGUAAAGAAAAAGAGAUCAUCGCACCUCCAGCAAAUCCUCCCCCAGAGUGGUUUGGUGAAGCUGUCAUUGGCGUGUGA